CUACCGAAGAAGAACGCUCGCCUCUGGUCCUCCAAGGCUUGGACAUCGCGUCUCUCCUCCUUCUCCUCUUACUUCCUCCGAUUCCGCAAUCUCGGAUCGCUUUGCAACCACACCAAAGCUCUCUGCCUCUCUGCCGCCGCCGGACACGCUCCGAUGGAGAUGGCCCAGAUCGAGUUAUAUGACAUUACCGCCGUGGAGUUGGUGGAUUCGCUUCCUCUCGUGAGAAGAGCUGAUCCUCAUAACCUUCAUUUUUUCGACGGUGCGUUUGAUUUCGCGUUUACUGCGCAUCUUGAUGAUGCUCUGUUUCCGUGGAGGGUCGUGGAGGAGUUGGAGCGGACGGUGAGGCAAGGCCGGUUUUGCUUGGUGGCGGUUGAUGAAUGCGGUGGGGAUGAUGUUAGGGAAAUUGCUAGACUGUUCUUGAAGUCUAAGCUCGUUGAUGUUGCUAAUGUAACCUUAGAAGGAUCCAAAAAGACUAGUAUACUACUCAAAGUUCAAGACUUUAAGACAUGACUGACUCUGUUUUUGUCUUAUCAAUGUUUGGUUUUUCAAAGUUUGUGCAUUAUCUCUAUUCCUUUUGUAUAUGACUG